CCAGAGAAAGGAAAAAAGGCUGGUAGACCGAGCAGGGAUGUGGAAGAACCUAAUAGUGGUGGUAAUAUUGAUGAAGGGGGGGGAGGGAAAGGCAAGCCGGGCGCGGGGUUUCCGACGGGGUCGUUCUUUGCGGCCAAACAGAGGAAACAAGAUGAACCAAAGAUACAGUCCAAAUACAAGUUCCGUCAAGUCGGUCUGCUUGUCACGACUCGCUAG